AGGUCUGUAUCUAUAGCUUUUGUAGCUCUCAGCUUGCUGACAAUGGAGACAGUAGUAGUAGCAGUGUAGUGGUACUCUACAGUAGAGAAAUUAGGCGAAAGAGAGAAUCUUUGCUUUCCUCCUUGAUUGAAGUUCUGUCAAAUUUUACAAAGCAUGUUUGUCUCAACACUGUGUGGAUGUAUCUGUGUCUGUCUGCAACUUCUUUAAUUAUCUUCAUCAGAAGGGCCUGUUUACUGUCAUGGAGACAACUCUGCCUGUUCACUUGUUUCCAAAUUUCUGAUUCAAAAUCCAGAUGAAUGAAUGCUUUUUUUUUUUUAUUAUUUUCAUAUUUAAUAAUAAAAUUAAAAAAGAUGACAUUUUUCUGAAUCAUUUCGUACUUCGAUUCUUUUCUUCCUCACCCAAUCAAUCCGCAUGUUGUAUAAAAACCCUUUGUUUGUAGUCUUCCCUACGACAUUAAUUUAUGAAGUUAUGUUAAGUAGUAAAGCUAUGGUCUCAGAAGAUCCUCCCUGCAACUCAAAUUCAAGCAUUAAUGUCCACCAAUUCAACCUCUCAAACUCCAUAGCUGAUGAUCACACCCAGAUUUAUAAUAACCCUUCUUAUCCUCUCCCUGUAAGCAUCCAAUGUUGUCUUGGAGAUCGAAUUUCUGCUUCUGUUGACCUCGUUCGUGCCACUGACGAAUCGGGCUUGAUGGAUCUUCUCGGCGCGUCGAAUGAGGCCUCGCCGGCGCCGGCGCCGGCGAGGCUUUCACUGUCCUUAGGCGGCGCCGGUCAACGACCUCCGCUGACUUCCUGCAGCCUCGUCAAUCCGGGAUACCUGAUUUCAAGAGAAUCUUGCAAUGUAGGACCUGACAAUCAUGUAAUGAAUGAUUAUUCCUUCACCGGGAGCGGUUUUCCCUCGUCGACACCUCCCUGGAACCCUAAUUCCGCCGGAACGGCGGCGGACACAUUCGCCGCCGCCGUGGGAGCCUCCAAGUACUUGAAGUCUGCGCAGUCUCUUCUCCUAGAAAUGGUCAGCGUCGCCGGGAAGGACAUCGACGCAAGCAAUCAGAAAUACGUCGACAAAUUAUCCUGUAAGAAAGGCUCCCACAGGCUUUCGUCGGAGAUCAAAGCCGACAUUUCCAACAACAAUGGCGGAUUGCUGUCCGAAAGGCAUUCUACCUACGUUAAUCUUCUCAAGCUUCUUGCCUUGCUGGACGAGGUGGAGAAACGAUACGAUGAUUAUUAUGGGCACAUCGAAGAACUUGUGGGAUCAUUCGAAAUGAUAGCUGGUUGGGGGGCUGGGAAAUCUUACACUGCUCUUGCCCUACAGGCAAUGUCGAAACAUUUUUCCACGUUGAGAGACGCCAUCGUGUCUCAAAUUCGUGUGACGAAGCAGAAGAUCGAGCGAGACAUGCCUCGAAUCAGUUCAGGAUUGUCCCAAUUAAGCCUCGUGGAUCAGGAUGGAAGACAGCCAAGAAUUUCCCUCCACCAGCUUUGGCCGUUGCACGGCGGCGGCGGCGGCGGCGGCGGUGGCCGCCAAAUAUGGCGGCCGAUCAGAGGACUGCCGGAGACUUCCGUCACUCUUCUUCGUGCUUGGCUUUUCGAGCACUUUCUGCAUCCUUAUCCAAAUGAGUCUGAAAAGCUGAUGUUGGCAUCGCAGACAGGCUUAUCAAAAAACCAAGUUUCGAAUUGGUUCAUAAAUGCACGAGUUCGACUGUGGAAGCCGAUGAUCGAGGAGAUGUACAAAGAAGAAUUCGGAGAAGGGGUUGGCGAUUCUGCAGAUGACUGAUCACUAAUUAAAUAUCGUUCCUUGUUAAUUUCCAUCAUCAUCAUCAUCGUGUUCAUCAAUCAAUCGAUCCCUUUUUAAGCCUUUUCACUGUGGGUUAAAUAAAAUUCACAGAUUAGUUUGUUGGAAUCAAAUGAAGUGAGUCCAUACCUGCAUGCCUGUCCAAUUUCAACCAAAGAUCCGUGAGUGAUCGAUGUAUGUCUGCAACUGACAAUAUAUACAUACAUACAUACAUACAAAACAUAAAUAGCAAGGAUGAAUCAAUGAGUGAAGAAAACCAUGGCAACAAAAAUGGUAAAAAAGGCAUCAACUCACGCAACUCUAUCUUCACCCACUUACUGCUUCCAAUCUCCAAAUUCUUACAAGAUGGGCCCAUACCAGAAAAGCUUUCUUAACUAUGUACCUUGUAAUGGUAACCAGGAAAAAGAGAAUAAAUUUCUA